CAUGGAAGGAGGCGUGCAGCUCCUCAACCGCGAUGGCCACAGCAUCUCCCACAACUCGAAGCGGCACUAUCACGACGCCUUCGUGUGCAUGAACCGCAUGCGCCAGCGUGGGCUGCUCUGUGACAUCGUGCUCCAUGUGGGCACCAAGGAGAUCAAGGCCCACAAGGUGGUGCUGGCGUCCUGCAGCCCGUACUUCCACGCCAUGUUCACAAAUGAGAUGAGUGAGAGCCGCCAGACCCAUGUGACGCUGCACGACAUUGACCCACAGGCCCUGGAGCAGCUGGUGCAAUACGCUUACACGGCUGAGAUUGUGGUGGGCGAGGGCAAUGUGCAGACACUUCUUCCUGCUGCCAGCCUGCUUCAGCUCAAUGGUGUGCGGGAUGCUUGCUGCAAGUUCCUACUCAGCCAGCUCGACCCAUCCAACUGCCUGGGGAUCCGGGGUUUUGCUGACACACACUCCUGCAGCGACCUCCUCAAGUCUGCACACAAGUAUGUCCUCCAACACUUCGUGGAGGUGUCCAAGACAGAGGAGUUCAUGUUGCUGCCUCUUAAACAGGUGCUGGACCUCAUUUCUAGUGACAGCCUUAAUGUGCCAUCAGAGGAGGAGGUGUACCGGGCUGUGCUCAGCUGGGUCAAACAUGAUGUGGACAGCAGAAGACAGCAUGUCCCCAGGCUGAUGAAGUGCGUGCGGCUGCCCCUGCUGAGCCGGGACUUCCUCAUGAGCAACGUGGACACGGAGCUGCUGGUGCGGCAUCACUCGGAGUGCAAGGACCUGCUGAUCGAAGCCCUCAAGUACCACCUCAUGCCGGAGCAGAGAGGGGUCCUUAGCAACAGCAGGACGAGGCCACGGCGCUGUGAGGGGGCCAGCACUGUGCUCUUUGCUGUGGGUGGAGGGAGCCUGUUCGCCAUCCACGGGGACUGUGAGGCCUAUGACACGCGGACGGAUCGGUGGCACAUGGUGGCCUCCAUGUCGACUCGCAGGGCCAGAGUGGGCCUCUUACAUGUUCCCUCUUUUUCUCCCUGCAGCUACGAUGGGACCUCUGAUUUGGCCACAGUGGAGUCCUAUGAUCCUGUCACAAAUUCCUGGCAACCUGAGGUGUCCAUGGGCACCAGGAGGAGCUGCCUGGGUGUGGCAGCACUUCAUGGGCUUCUUUAUGCUGCUGGGGGGUACGAUGGGGCCUCGUGCCUGAACAGCGCAGAGCGGUACGACCCUCUGACAGGCACCUGGACAUCCAUCGCUGCCAUGAGCACCAGGAGACGCUACGUCCGGGUGGCAACGCUAGAAGGCAACCUCUAUGCCGUUGGGGGAUAUGACAGCUCAUCCCACUUAGCCACAGUAGAAAAGUAUGAGCCCCAGAUCAACACCUGGACACCCAUUGCCAACAUGCUAAGCCGCCGGAGCAGUGCAGGCGUGGCCGUGCUAGAAGGGAUGCUCUAUGUGGCUGGCGGCAACGAUGGGACCAGCUGCCUUAACUCUGUUGAGCGCUACAACCCCAAAACCAACACAUGGGAGAGCGUGGCGCCCAUGAACAUCCGUAGGAGCACCCACGACCUGGUGGCCAUGGAUGGGUGGCUGUACGCAGUGGGUGGCAACGAUGGGAGCUCCAGCCUAAACUCCAUCGAGAAGUACAACCCUCGUACCAACAAGUGGGUAGCAGCCUCGUGCAUGUUCACACGUCGGAGCAGCGUGGGGGUGGCCGUGCUGGAACUCCUCAACUUCCCACCCCCCUCCUCGCCCACCCUGUCGGUGUCUUCGACGAGCCUUUGA